UUAUCAAAGGAAACAAACAAAACUCUGUAACAGAGGAGAGCGGCAAUGCAGAAUAUUGAGCUGUCCAAGAAUCAUUUAAAUUUUGAAGAUAUUAUGUUGCUGGAGAUGGGGUUUCAAAGAAGAUAUGAAAGACUUGGCGGAGUUGAAGAUCUGAAAGUUGCAACUAGGCCAAGAAAGUGUUGGCUAAUCAAGAAAAUGAAUGGAAGAUUUAAAGGUAUAAAGUUAUCACGGUCUAGAAAGUUGAAUUGGAAGGCAUUUUCUAUGGUAAUAUUGCCAAGGAGGAUUGCUAGAAUAUAUGGGGAGAUAGUGAAAAGAAUGAAAAAUAUGGAAGAUGUAUGUCCUGCAAUUGUAUUUUCUUGUCAUUGGGGACUUCCUGUCCUUUCUCAUUCCACUGUUAAAUCCCGAAGGAAUACCUUUUGAUAUUGGCUUUUACGCCUAUUUUUAAUCAAAAGAAUUUUAUUGUUUAUCAAUACUACAACAAGUUGGAAAGUU